AUGCCGGAAGUUGCCGAGGAGGAGGAGAAAGACGGGUUGACGGGCGUUGCCGGUAUGCAGGAUGAAGGCGUUCACUCAGCGCCGGGGGCAGCCAAAACAGCAUUAACGACGGUCAAUCGAUUGGGGUGCCUCAAAGGCAUCACGGAGGUGGGGAGAAUUACCAUGACUAGCUUACCCCUUUCUAGGACCGCUACCUUUGGAUAUCAACGCUCUCAUUCAUAGCCAUGCGACGGCAGCUAUCACGGGUUCUGCGUAUACAUUGGCGUCGCCCGAGCAAUGCGCACAUACACCCUUGCCUCCGUUUGCCUGAGAUGCUUGGAUUUAUAUUCGACUUCGUCGAUGACAGGAACACUAUGGUUUCUCUGGCUCGCGUGUGCGUUUGCUUUUGUGCAGCUGCAACCGACAAGAUACCUCGGCACAUCAACAAUAUUUAUGAGCUCUUGUUGAGCCUUCCUCACGAUUUGUGGAGGCUCCAGUUACAACGCCCCGUCGCCCGUGCAAUGAGACAAAACGUAUUUACACCGCAAGCAUAUUGGACUCUUGAGUUUGUUCGCGAGAUGAACACCGAGGAAUGGAACAUGCUUAUAGCUCGAGCAAAACAUGUUAAAACCAUAGGUUUAAUCCGGGACACGCUGGAACCCACCACCGGUUCCAUCACUUUUCGAAACAGGGCCCUUGUCCCACUCCAGACCGUUGAUAAUGCCCUCGCCAAAUGUCCUGUUCCCAUUCUCUUUCCUAGCCUCGAAGCUCUGCGUUCUCGGGUUCCGCAAGCACUCCUUCCCUUAGUUUUGCCUCCCACACUUCGACACAUCGAUAUCCACUCUUUGGAAAGCAAAGCCGAGGAAUAUGCAGAUGAUUAUUACCGCAUCUUGCCAUCUUUCCCUGCUUGCUGUCCGCAACUCCAGUCGUUCAAAAUCACACUCGACGUUGGCAUAGCGGGUCGGUUUUACGUGGUCAAUCUCUCCCGCCUCUACCCGCACUUCAUCGGCCAAUGGACUCACCUCCGGUCGUUCACCGGCCCUGCCAACGAACAAGUGCUCCGACACCUCAGUCAACUUCCGGCUCUUGAGAACCUGGACUUGGAUUUAUCCGAUUGGGAUCUUGAGCUUGCUCAAGAUCAGGCGAGUCUUACCCUCUCAAGAGCUCGGCUACGGGGAGUGAACUGUAUCACCUGUCGCGCUAUCUCGUUUGAUAGCAUCAUCAGGGCACUUGAAGUCCUAUUCGGCUUCUCCGAGGAUCCUCAAGUCAUCCCACGGUAUCCAAGGCCAGUGGUACAGCGUCUCAGCAUCACUAGCGGCCGUGACCGUAAUUUUGUCACACCAUGCUCGGAUUUCAUACCCGCUCUCAUCGGGCUCAUCUCCCUGGAUGCUCUCCAAGUCUUUCACGUUAACAAGUCGUCUGGCAGAGUAUUGGUUGCACCUGACACAGAGUCGUCGGUGUACCAGCUUCUGUGCCCGCUUGGCGCUUUCCCAAACCUCGUGGACGUGGACUUUUCCGUAGCCAUGAUAGAUCAACAUUCAUAUGGCCGCCUCGACGCGGCACAGGUGCUGCACCUCGCCAAAGCCUGGCCCAACCUUCUUCCCGCCGUCAAGAGCAUAGAAACGAAUCUGUCGAAGCGGUUGUGUAUUAGAUCUCGUGUAAGACGUCGUCGAGCUAGUGGGCCUGUCUUUCCGAUGCGAGAACGGGCGGAACUUGGUGGGGCUAAUGUUCAUUCACUAACUUUGUCGAUGCGUAACCGUAGUAAAGCCACCGAAAUUAUAGCUACAGGAAACCGACAGUUAAGGACGACCCCUCCUGUUGAUGGUCAAAUCGAGGGCACGUCACUACUUCUCGAGUCUGAGAAAGUACUUAGAAGCUCAAGCGCUCACGCUUCAUUGAAAUUCGUGUUGAAUGUGCUACGUAUCUUGGUAUAUGACCCCUUCUCCAACCGCCGUCUCACGACGGUACCAUCCUCUUCCUACCCUUCCUACUCACAACACCCUUCUUCAUUUGCGCCUCUCUCGACUUAUGAAGCGGCAAUUGUCGCAUUCGCUGAAUCCCUGCCCCCCUCACACGCGCCCAAGGCAACGCCUCAAUCGCAGCCUAACCCAUGCCGUUCUUCCGGCAACAUGUACACACCAAAGCGCCACUUCCUACCCGAAAUCCUCGAGCAUAUCUUCGACCUCGUUGACGACAGAAAUAAUCUGGUCUCUCUGACGCUCGCGGCCGGCAAGAUUCCCCGGAACCUCACAGACGUGUACGAGUUGUUGAUGUGCUUCUCGCGUGACUUGUGGGAGGUGAAGUUGAAGUAUUACUAUGACGAGUCAAGCUACAGGGUAUCGAUGUGGAACCUCUCCCAACCCUGGGUGUUCUCAUUCGUUCGGGAGAUUACCUCUCACGACUGGCAGAUUUUGACGAAUCAGGCGGCCAAAGUCAGAACCAUAGGAGAAUGUACCUGCAAUAAGAGUAGCUGGUCCACCAGCUACAAUCCUGCCGACGAGUUCCAAGCUCUGAGAGCCCCUUGGUAUCGGGGGAGAAAACUCAUCAUCGACCGCACGGUUGAGAACGCUUUUACACACACCGAUUGUCUUCCCCCCGUUUUGUUCCCCAACCUUCAGGUUCUUCGAGGACAGAUACCACCAUACAUGCUCCCAAAGGUCCUUCCGUCUCACCUUCAACACGUCUAUGCCGUCUCGUUGCUCGUUUCUGACCAAGCGAUACCUUGUCUUUCGAGCAGCUGCCCAAAUCUUUGGUCAUUUACGUUUGUGCCUGAUUACCAUCUCCUUCGCCACUCUCCCAUUAACGACCUCCGCCUACUCCCACAUUAUCUCGCUCAAUGGGACCGCCUCCGAUCCUAUAGCGGUCCGGCUGACAGUCAGCUACUGCAGCAUUUCAGCCAGCGUCCUGUGCUCUACGGCCUGAAUUUGCAGUUAGCCUCGCAUGUUCCUCUUCUUCGGCUUCGCAGUUCAGAAUCCCCUAAUGUAUCAAACAGACGCCUCUGCAGACUUGAUUCUCUCAAACUUCGUACUUCUUCUUGCGAGGACGUAGUCAACGCGCUACGUGUUUUGUUCGCCCCGCUUGACGGCACUUUCCUUGACGAUUUACAACCCUCUCUUCGACACUUCACUGUGCUGGGUGAUUUCGAGAAUGUUUCCCUCUCCGAACUACCCACGAUACUCGUGGACCUUGUCUCUCCCAACGCGCUCGAGGCUUUUUGCAUCAACGACCAACAUCCAGUAAACGACGGCCGCUUGACCGCAGCACAGCUGCUCGAGCUCGUUUGCGCCUGGCGAUAUCUUCGCGAGCUCCAUGUCGUCAUACAGGGUAUCGAGUUCACUUCACUCGAGGUCGCUUCUCUAAGGAGGUGCUGCCCUCAGCUUCAGAGCAUCCCACAUAUGCCCAUCGUUCUUACCGUCCGUGACGAGACUUGCUCCAAUGGACUCCGCCUUCAUCCCGGCGCAGGCUCGUCCGUCGAGGAAUUCGAGCAUCAACGUCGAGGGCACAUUCCUGUUACGAGCUGCGGAGAAGUGCAAAUGGACAAGGCGCGGCAAAAGAAGCCUCUCGCCUCCCCCGAGGCCCUGAUCGGUACCUGGAGGAGUAAGGACACGGAUGAUGCUGAUCAGGUGUUCUUCUUUGAGUUCUGUAUCAAGGGAGAGGUAGUGCACCUGGGACGCGUUGCAGAAUAG